AUGACUAACUUCAAAGAGUGGUCGGGGUUGGAUACCAAUGAAGCUAAGUCAGAAAUAUUCUAUGGAGGAUACUCGGAUGCACAAGUAUCAGAGCUGAGCAGUUUGUCAGGGUUUCGUCGAGGGGAGUUCCCAACAAGGUACCUAGGGUUGCCUCUGAGCCCCAAAAAGAUCUCUGCAGCAACGCUCCAGCCGUUUAUUGAUCGUAUAACAGCAAAACUUCACUCCUGGACCGUAAAGUUCCUCUCUUUUGCGGGAAAGGUUACUAUGAUCUACUCGGUAAUCUACGGUAUGGUAAAUUUUUGGAGCUCGGUCUUCGUGCUUCCAAAAUGGUUUUAUGCCAAAAUAGACUCCUUGUGCUCUGGGUUUCUUUGGAAGAACAGCACUACUUCAGCGGCAGGAGCAAGGGUUUCUUGGGAAAACAUCUGCAGGCCAAAACAAGAGGGUGGUCUAGGGAUAAGAAGACUGGAAGAGUUUGAGAAGGUUUUCAGAUUAAAAAGAGUCUGGUUAUUCUUUUAUGGAUCUGGUUCCUUAUGGGUUCCUUGGCUAGCCAAUAACAGAUUUGGAGGCAGAAGUUUUUGGAUUAUAAAUGACUCUCCAAGAUUCUCCACAACUGUCAGAAGCAUGCUACAACUGAAGCAAGAGCUCCAACUUUUCCUCAGAUGUCCUCUACAUCUCAUCUUCGGCUCUUCGGGACCGAGGGCCUUACGAAUACCUCUCAACGCCACUGUCUCUCAAGCAGUGAGUAAUGGUAAUUGGAAUCUACCACCUGCACGAUCGGCACUAGCCGUGACACUGCACAUUAUUCUGUUGACUACGCCGGUUCCUAAUGCUGCAGCUGGUAGUGAUGUUUAUUUAUGGAGGAACCAGACCGGUGGCUUCGGUCCAUCUUUCUCUUCUCGUAACACUUGGGAGAGAAUUCGAAAUCAUAGUCCCUUAGUUACCUGGCACCCGGUGGUCUGGUACAUGACAACUACUCCGGCCUCCCUAUCAGAUAUGGUGGAAAAGUGCGAGCAGAUACAGGGGCCUCACGCUCGACGUGCGGUUGUGGUGCUGAAGUUUCUCAAUCAAGUCAUCAUCUAUUCCCUCUGGCGCGAGCGAAAUGCUCGUAUAUUCAGAGGCGUAUCAACUCAACAAGAGGUGUUCUUCCGUGGGGUGGACCGAGCUUUGCGUGAUCGACUACUGUCAUUAUCUCGGCCUUCGACUACUCAGCCUCUUCCUUCGCUUCUGGAGCUCUACUUCUGGUUCCUUUCCCCCUUUAGUUAA